GCCCAUCAUGGUGCUGAGCGAGGCCCGAGACGCCAUCUCGGCGGUCGUGGUGCGCGGGGCCGAGAUCAUCAGCGGGUCGGUGGACGGGCGCGUGCGGGCAUAUGAUGUGCGCAUGGGCAGGGUGACGACGGACGUGGUGGGCGCGAGCGUGUCGAGCUUGUGUCUCACGCAGGACGGGCGGGCCGUGCUGGUGGGGAGCCUGGACAGCAGGGUGAGGCUGAUGGAUCGGGAUGCGGGCACGUGUCUGCGGACGUAUGGCGGCGAUGGCGACGGCGGCGAGGAGGAGCGGGCCGGCGGGCGGUGGAAGAACGAGGACCUCAGGGUGCAGAGCCUGCUGGGCGGCAGGGAGAGGUAUGUCGUUGCAGGGGAUGAGAUGACGGGCGAGGGAGCGGCGGCGGCGGCUGAAGGAGGGGGCAGGCUGUGGGUGUGGGAUCUGAUGACGGGCAAGCUGGUCUCGAGGGUUGCCGUGCCUUGGGGCCCCGCCGGGACCGAGGAGAAGCUGAAGCGGGUGGUCGGGAGGGAUGGGAGGGAGAAGGAGCGCAGGUUUGUCGUGAGCUGUCUGGCCUGGCGAGAGGCGGGCUUUGGCGACCAGUUCUGUGCUGGGGGCACCUCGGGGGCCGUGACCGUCUUUGGUCCUGCUUGAGAGGAUAUCAUCGAGACAACGAGGUCUUUCGAGAUAUGAUUUGAUGAGCAUCAUCCACCAUCACCUGGGUCAGCACUUCAUGCGUCGC